UCCGGUGUCCUUCCCGGCGGGGGCGGCGGCGGCGCGGCCAUGGCGCAGAACCUGAAGGACCUGGCGGGUCGGCUGCCGGCCGGGCCCCGCGGCGUCGGCACCGCGCUCAAGCUGCUGCUGGGCGCCGGCGCCCUGGCUUAUGGCGUGCGUGAGUCCGUGUUCAUCGUGGAGGGCGGCCAGCGCGCCAUCUUCUUCAACCGCAUCGGCGGCGUGCAGCAGGACACCAUCCUGGCCGAGGGGCUGCACUUCAGGAUCCCCUGGUUCCAGUAUCCCAUCAUCUAUGACAUCCGAGCGCGCCCGCGGAAAAUCUCCUCCCCCACUGGCUCCAAAGACCUGCAGAUGGUGAACAUCUCCCUGCGGGUGCUGACGCGCCCCAACGCGGCUGAGCUGCCCAGCAUGUACCAGCGCCUGGGGCUGGACUAUGAGGAGCGGGUCCUGCCCUCCAUCGUCAACGAGGUGCUCAAGAGCGUUGUGGCCAAGUUCAACGCCUCCCAGCUCAUCACACAGAGAGCACAGGUGUCCCUGCUCAUUAGGCGAGAACUGACAGAGAGAGCCAAGGAUUUCAGCCUCAUCCUGGAUGAUGUGGCUAUCACAGAGCUUAGUUUCAGUCGUGAAUACACAGCAGCUGUGGAGGCUAAGCAAGUGGCCCAGCAGGAGGCACAGCGCGCCCAGUUCCUGGUGGAGAAGGCCAAGCAGGAGCAGAAGCAGAAGAUAGUUCAGGCUGAGGGGGAAGCGACAGCUGCCAAGAUGCUUGGGGAAGCUCUCAGCAGGAAUCCAGGCUACAUCAAGCUACGUAAGAUCCGAGCUGCUCAAAACAUCUCAAAAACGAUUGCUGCCUCACAAAACCGUGUGUAUCUCACAGCAGAUAACUUGGUACUGAACCUGCAGGAUGAGGGCUUCACCAGAGGAAGUGACAGUCUCCUACUCAAAGGAAAGAAAUGAAAGAAGCUAAAGACUCCUAGAACCAGCGUUGCUGACCAGCAGAAGAUAAGAGUGAGGAUCUUUGAACUCCCUCCACUAGCAUUGUUUGCCCUCACUUUGAAGUUUUUAAUCCAGUAGCCAGAUUUGGUCCCUGUACCCCUGCUCCAUCUGUGGUGAUUCCUGUUACAGGAAUGGGCUUUGCCUGUAGGCAGCUGUAAUUCCUUCCUCACCCCACUGGUUAAGUUUGGAGAGGAGACAAGGGACUGGUAUUAACCCAUGUGGAUAUAGUAAUUUACCUCUAAUCUUCAUUAAUCUUUAGAUUUCGGUAGGAUAUCAGAAUUCUCUUUUGGUCAAGUGAGGGAGUUCUGCUGCCAUCAGCACCAGGCUUUUUUUUGUAGUAAAUUUUGUUUCACUCUUGAUCCCAAGAGAACCUGGGACUGAAUUCAGGAAAAUGCCAUUCAUUGGGUGCCUGUCACUGCUGGGAUAUCUAUUUGUGUCACUGCCUGCUCAGUGAUGCUUUCAAACAUUUGUAAAAAUUAAAAGAAAAACAAAUUUA